AAUGGCUUCUAAGGGUUCACUCCAGAAGCAGAAGCAGAAGCAGAAGCAGAAGUGGAAACCCGCGUUGAGUUCAGUUCACUGCACAAACAGAGCACAAUAUACACGCCAUCGUCAUGUUUCGUGUUAGCGCUGUCACUAUCACUGUAACUGUCAUAUAAAAGGAGAGACUCUCUCUCAUACACACACUUUCCCUCUCUUCUUCAUGGCUAUUCUACCUCCUGCUUCUUCAUUUCCCUCUGCUACUGAAGGAAUAUUUUACUCAACACCAUAUGGGAUAACAAGCAAUUCAAUCAAACUUCCUAUUGAUGGGCGAAGGGGGCAUGAUCUUGCCAGCACAAGAUGCAAAAGUCCAUUUUUUGGAAUGUCGCACUUCCUCUGGCUAUCCACAGGGCAUGAUAUGUGCCUUUCAAAGGUUCAUGUUGCUGCAGACUAUUCAGAUUCUAUACCUGAUUCUUCUAGUGACAUGAAUGAACAAGGUUAUCAUCCUCUUGAAGAACUGAGAGGUUCCACUGAUAUUCAGCCAGCUAGACUUUCUCCUACUGGAAUAGCAAAAACAACUGUAGAGGCUAAUAACAAUGCUUUGCUAGUAUUUCCUGGAACGGUACACUGUGAACCACAUGACCAGAUUUCAUGGGCUGAGUUUCAAUAUCAUAUUGAUGAUUUUGGAGAUAUAUAUUUUGAAAUCUUUGAUGGUGCAAACCUUUUGGCAGAUCGUGGAGCUAACAAUCCUGUGAAUGCUUUGAUUGGAAUGGACAUCCCAAUAUAUGAUAAUAAUAGAAGGACUGCUAGUGAAUAUGACAUUUUCAAUAAUGGCAACAAUGAUGAAUUUGAUGAUGAUGAUUAUAUUGAGGUUUCAGAAAUGGAGGAGUAUAAUAUUCCAGUGAAUUGGGGACUGUCUGAUACUGCUAACUCAGUUCAUCCAAUUUAUUUCUCGAAGUGCUUAUCAAAGGCUGUCAACAACAUGGAAUAUGUUAAAAGAAUGAAUCGUCCUUCAAAUGCUGUUUCUAUUAUAGGGUACCUUAGACCCGCUUAUGGUGAAGAAAAGUCAUAUCUAAGGAUGUAUCAUGCUGAAGAUGGUGGUGAUGUAUACACUUCAGACUGGAAAGAUUUUUACUCAGAUAGUAUUAAUGAUCAAAGGGACAUGAGAUUGACAUUAUAUCGGUUGGAGAUUUUGAAAAUCGAGCUCCACUCCAUGUAUGGAUAUCAGUCUGAAAUUAGUGUGCUAGAGUUUCAAGAUGCUGAACCCGAUAUUCUUGCACGCUCUUCUUCGGCAAUUCUGGAGCGCUUCAACCAAUUCUGUGAUGAAGCUCUUAAAGCUCUUUGCAAGAAGAAGGGUCUUGAUGCCAAGGAAGCUUACCUGGUUGGGGUUGACAGCCUUGGCGUGGAUGUUAGGGUUCUUUCAGGUGCAGAAGUAAAAACUCAUCGCUUUGCAUUCAAAGUCCAGGCCGCCACAGUAAAUGCAGCUGAAAAACAGCUUUGGCAACUUUUGUUUCCCCGAUCUCAGCGAAAAAAGAAUAUGAAGAAAUGGCGGGCUGUCAGUAUGAGUUGAGGAUCCCUCGGUGAUUGAUCCUUAUUUUUUGACCUUGUUCUUUUCAAACUUUCGGUAGAGUCUGAUGUGGAGCAGUUAAUAUCUUAAUGUAUAAAUAGUUCUAUAAUCUGUACAUUAUUUCCGGGUAAAUCGUAUACAGCAUUUUUUCGGUGCAUCAUCUGAGUUUAGGAAAAGAAGAGAUUAGCUGCAAAAGUUAAACCUAAGCUUCACUAGGUUUAAUUAGGUUGAUAUUUACUCGCUAAGUCUUUCCCUUGUUGACCCUAUAAUUUUACUUGGGUUGAAAAGGGGUCAUGGCGGUUGUCUUCUUUUUCUUCCUCUACUUCCUUGUAGAUCAGAUGUGUUAAAAUGUUAUCUGUCAUUUCUGAAUAAUAAGUGAUGCUGAGCGACAACAUUUAUUUAUAGAUAAAACUGUUUCCUCAA